CGUUUGUUUGCAAAAUUUCUAUCAACAUUCUAUGCUUCAGCACAUACGUCGUGAAAAAAAAAACACCGGUGAACCAGCGAAGACAAUCCAAUAACAAUCGCUUUUAUUAGGUCGAUAACUUAUCACAGAGAUAAGACCUGGAAGAGGGUCGUCUCCUUCGGUGGUCGGUCCUAGAUACCUUAUCGUGGUUGUAUCUCGUCCAGUUUCACCAGUUGUCUUCCGUCUUUCGGCUCGGAUUCACAACUUGUUCAAAGUGUAGUGCAAUUCUGCGAGCGAAAACAACAUCACAUUGCUAAGGGACCCGAACCGGAGAUGAUAUCCAAGCUGGUUGACGAGACGGGCUCCGGCAGUGGGAGCACCACCCGCAAUGCUUUGCUGCUGGCAGCAGGAAUUGGGGCGGCCACCCUAGCAGGAUACGGAGUCUACAAGUUGGCGUCGCGUUACCUGGAAAAUCUACCGCCCAAACAAUGGCGCCGGGUAGGCGAGGUAACCGAUCUUCACGUCUAUCCCAUCAAGUCAUGCGGCUCCAUACGCGUCACGGAAAUCAACUGCUCCAAUCUGGGACCCCAGCUUGGUCUUCUCCGGGAUCGCAUCUUCAUGGUGGUGCAAACGGACGGGACCUUCAUCACCGGGCGCAGCCACCCAACGCUGGUGAUGGUGCAGCCCCGAUUCGACGACAAGUACGAAACGAUGACCCUCUCCGCACCGGGGAUGAUGGACAUCAGUGUGGACGUAAAGCGGCAGCUUACGGUUGAACCAAUCAAGGCGUCCGUUUGGGGCCAAACCGUAACGGCAGUGGAUUGCGGCGAGGAGGUGGCUCGGUGGUUGUCGCGGUUCCUUCUUAGCGAGGACUUUGGUUUGCGCUUGGUGUUCUAUCCGCUGGACUACCCGACACGCGAUGUGAGGGAGAAGAACAGAAUCCACCUGAAGCUGACUCCGAGGGACUCGGGGGCUCUGCACGACGCCACCAGUUAUAUGUUGAUUUCGGAGGCUUCGGUGACGGACGUGAACUCGCGAAUAGAAAGGCCGGUGACGGCAUUGCAGUACAGGCCGAAUAUUGUGGUGAAAGGACCGGGAGCUUUUGAAGAAGAUGAUUGGAAAUGGAUUAAGAUUGGAGAGACGAUAUACAAGAAUAUCAAACCGUGCACCAGAUGCAUCUUCACCAACGUUGAUCCGGAAACGGGCAUCCCCAGUUCACAAGGCGAGCCGCUCAAAACUUUGAAAUCCUACCGCAAAAAACCUGGUCUCGGUGAUUCACCUGUCGCUGGAAUGCAGAUGGGAAUCCGUAAGGUUGGCACAAUUCGCCUGGGCGAAACGGUUUACGUCGGAUGCUAACAGUCCCUCCCAAGGCCCCCGCCAUCAUCGACUGCUGCUGCCAUUCUUGAUUCAUAGAUUUUUAUUUUAUUUUUAUAUACGCCUUGAUCACAUGAUUGUUAAACACUGCACCAAGUCGGAAGAUUAUUUAUCUUUUUACAGUAUUUUGCUUUUAUCUAUGCAAAUAAUAUCAUA